AUGCUUUGCUGGACUGGUACGACAGCAGGGUGGUCAAAGAGCUGGAGGCGGUUCCACCGUUCACGUCGCUGGGCGGGUCUGGCUCGUCGUGGGACGACGUCUUGCGGGCCAACAGCAACAUCUACAAGAAGGAGGAGCAGCUGCGUCUCGGCGGCUCGCGACCGACCAGGUGGUCGGCACGACCUUGGGAAGGGCAACUUCGUGGAGUGCAAGGCGGUGGUGGCGAGCAUCGCGAAGGUGGAGGCCUCCCCAUCGCUCCAGCAGAUGGGCGACAGCAGCGUGCUGGACCCCAUCGAGGAGGAGGCAGAGCAGCAGGAGGACAUCAAGGUGCAGCGUGCCAAGGUGGUCAUGGACACCCUCCUAGAGCUGAUCGGCCUCAGAGAGGCGGGCCACUUCGGGGAGGGCGAGGAGUUUUUCGAGGAGCUCUACGCGGAGCGCGCCCAGUGGUCGGCGGUCUGCCAAGCCCUCGGCGUGGAAUUCGAGGACUACCCCAGCUCUGGAGCUCGAGGAGUCCUCCCAGGUGCAGGCUCGUCGCCUUCCCUGCCCUCAGGCCUUGAGCGAAAGCAGGCUGCGCCCUCGAGGGGUACCUGGCCCUGA